UCAAAUAUUGGUUGUCGACUCUAGAUCCGCUUCUGUCACAAUCUCUCGAGUUAAAGAUGGACUGGGCAUCACUUUAUUCGCUGUUCGUAUGCGUUUCAUAUGUUAGUUCAACAAAACUACAUGAAGCAGCUCGAGUGAAGGUCACACAUGAAGGUAUAACCAGGUUCUCUUUUGAAAACAGUAAUCAUACUUUGAUGAAGCUCGUCGGCACCUCUGGUAACAAAAUCAUCUGGGUCGGAGGAAACAAGGUCCUCUAUUCCAUCAGACCAACACAAUCCUCCAAACCCCGUCAGGUGAACCUGUCUCUUUGUCAGGAUAAAGGGAAAGAUUCAAACAACUCUCUCUGUUCACUCCGGAUCUCUCUGCUCAGAGAAGGCGUCGAUGGAAAUCUGUUCAUUUGUAGAAAACAUGAUAGAAAUACAGAGUGCUGUGACUUGGGCUCUGAUUAUUCUCCAAUCAAUUGCUUCACGUCAGAACAUUAUGAGCCAGAUAUAAAUGAGCCGUCAUUACUUGUUAAUAACAUGCUGUACUUCACCAAUUCUGAGAAGGGAUUGUACAGAAUAAACAAGAAUGACAAAAAUGACAACAUUUGGCCUCAGGCGAAUCAAGCGGAGCAAACAUACCUGAAGCUGAUCGCUGGUAAAGGCGAAGACAAAGUUUAUUCCUUCUUCGCAGAGAAACACAAAAGUAAAGAUGGUGAGAAGUGGAUUGCACGAGUCUCUCAGAGCUGCAUGAAUGACAAAGGUGGAAAUAAAAAUGUGCUUCAGAGCAGCUGGACAUCCACGAUUUACACCCGUCUGUUCUGUGGGAAAGAUUAUGAAUUCACUCAGAUGAUAGAUGUGGCCACACUAGACACAGACAACGACACAAAAAUGUAUGCGCUCUUCAAAAACUAUUGGAACAUGAGUGCUGUGUGUGUUUAUAGCUUGACUGGAAUCAGCAGGAUCUUCAGUUCGUCUGGAUUCAACGCUGCCAAUGUUCCUCCGAAUCCCCGGCCUGGAACGUGUGUUCCGGACAGUACUCGUCUAAGCAGUGAAGUGCUGAUGUUUAUGAAGGAUCGUCCAGAGAUGAAGGAUUCGGUGAUGCCAGAGAACAGCCCCCUGUUGUUCAGACACCACCAUUACACUCAUAUACAGGUGGACCGGGUACGAAACCACACCGUCCUGCUUCUGUCUCUAGAAAGCGGAGGGAUUCAUAAAGUGCUGGAAGAGCCUGUUUUUGUGAUUGCGGAGUAUCUGCCGUUUCCACGAAGGACGCACAUCACCAGCAUGCUGCUGGACGCUUCGGAGAAGCGUCUGUAUGUGAGUUGCAGUAAUGAGGUCGUUCAGAUUGACCUACAGAGAUGUGAAGAUUAUGGAGAUGACUGCACCCAAUGCAGUUUAUCUCAAGACCCCUACUGCAUUUGGAACGGUUUGCUGUGCACCUCAAUUGCAAAAGCCCCAGUCCAGGAUUUCAUUAGCUGUGGUAAGUAUAGCUCUGUUUUUGUUACUGGGUGUUUUUCACACUAGCCAUGAUCACUGUGGUCUCAAACUGAGUGCAACUGUUCCUGAACUUCCUGAACAUUGUAUUUCCUGAACAAGGUGCAGCCAAAUAAAAUUUUAAUGCGACUCGCAUUAACCCCACCACAGUUCCAUUGCAAGCAAAUCUAGACCACCAUCUACGGAUAGUUUCAGGUUUAAUGCUGUGGUCUACAUGACACCAACUCCCUCUCUGCAUCCGGUCUAGUUUGUGUCAUGCAUUUGUCAGAGGUGGGGGGCUCCCAAAUUUAAUGACAAAAUAAAGAAA